CACUUCUUUUUCAGAAAGCCAUUCACCAGCUUCGACUUCAGCCUUCAGAUGGCAACGGAUUCCGAUGAACGAGAAGCUGGUUGCAGUCACGUCGUCACGAUCUGGGAGGUCAACAAGGAACGCCUAGACAAAAUGGAAAAGAUGAUCUCCCAGACCAUCCCACGCUUGCUAAGCACUGCUGCUGGUAGAAGAACUUGUAGCAUCUUCAGAGUCCCCCAGAGCUUUAUCGAGAUCAACGGCAACUGGUACCAGCCCCGUAUCGUCUCCAUCGGGCCUUACCACCGCGGAAAGCCUCACCUACAGAUGAUCGAGGAGCACAAGUGGCGGUAUCUCCACUCCUUGCUCUCCAGGACCAAACCCAUGGGUAUAACUUUGGAGGACUACUUGAAAAGCAUACACUCAGUUGAAAAGGAUGCCAGAGAGUGUUAUUCCGAAGCCAUCCAUCUCAGCACCGAUGAGUUCCUUGAAAUGAUGGUUCUCGAUGGUUGUUUCAUAAUAGAACUGUUUCGAAAGGUUAACGAUCCAGUACUUUUCGGCCCUGACGAUCCUCUGGCCACCAUGACUUGGAUAUUAGCAUUUUUCUACAGGGACUUUCUUCGACUUGAGAAUCAAAUCCCAUUCUUAGUUCUUGAAAAACUAUUUGAAAUUUCCAAAACGUCUGUCCAGGAGUCUGGUCCGCCCUUGUCUUUGCUUGCCAUGCGAUUCUUCAACAACAUAAUGCAAAGACCCGACCAAGUCAUAGAGAAGUGUCACGGUUUCAAGGGCUUGCAUUUGUUGGAAUUGGUUCGUUCAAGUUUUAUACCAUCCGAUCAAAAACUUCCACCACACGGAGGCUGCACACCAACCCAUAUCAUCUAUUCCGUCUCAAAGCUUCGCCGUUCUGGGAUUCAACUCAACCCGAGUAAGACGGAGAGCAGCUUCUUGGUGGUGAAAUUCAGACGCGGUGUAAUUGAAAUGCCUAGCAUAACGAUUGAUGACUUCAUGAGCUCUUUCUUGGUGAAUUGUGUGGCCUUUGAGCAGUGCUACAACAGCUACUCCAAAUAUGUUACCACUUACGUUACGUUGUUGGACUGUCUCGUGAACUCUCCAAAGGAUGUAGAGUACCUUUGUGAUCGCAACAUAAUUGAGAAUUACUUUGGGACAGAAGGCGAAGUUGCACACUUCAUCAACAACAUGGGCAAGGACGUGGCGUUUGAUUUCGAUCGGUGCUAUCUUUCCAAGCUGUUCAAUGAUGUGAAUGAGUAUUAUCAAAAUAGUUGGCAUGUCCAGUGGGCGAGCUUCAAGUAUACGUAUUUUGACACACCAUGGUCGGGGAUCUCGGCGUUGGCUGCCUUUGUGCUCUUAUUGCUCACGCUUGCACAGACUUUUUUCACUAUCUAUCCUUAUGUGCAUCCUAGACCAUUAUAAGCUGGGUCAUCUGAGAAUUCUGCUUCCCCUACACACCAUAUAUAAUAAACACCAUCUGCUAUAUAUAUAGUUUUAAGAGAAUCAUGAAUGUUUAAAAGUAAAAAGUUGUCGUA